AUGCCAUCUCAACAGUUACCAUCUCAAGUUCGGGCUGAAUGUAAACACUUAUCUCUGGCCGACCCAUCAUUUGAUACACCAGCUCCUGUUGAUCUACUUUUAGGUGCAGAUAUAUUCCCACAGAUAUGGAAUAAUGAUAAUAUUCAGUUAGGGCCUGGUCUACCAUCCGCUUACAGCUCGCAAUCAUUAGAAAUUUUCCCUCAAUCAUUAGCCGUUACAUUAUCUACUUCUAUUGAGUCAUUAAUGGAAAGAUUCUGGAAUAUUGAAGAACCAGCAGCAGCUCCUCUUGAUUUCACUGAAGAUGGGCAGUGUGAAACUAUUUUUAAUUCAGAGAUGUACAGAAAUUAUGCAGGUCAAUAUUUUGUUCCUUUACCUUUUCGCUCUGACAGCUCGGAUAGAUUGUUCCCUGGUAUGCAUGAAGUUGCUCUGCGACGAUUUUAUCAACUAGAACGCAAGCUCUUGCGCGACCCAAUACUGCACAAUGCUUAUAGAGCAUUCAUUAGAGAAUAUGAAGAGUUAGGUCACAUGUCACGUUCAGAAGAGUCCGGUGAUUAUUUUAUCCCUCAUCAUGCAAUUCAUAAGUUAGUAGGUGACGAGCUAAAAUUAAGAGUGGUUUUUGAUGCAUCUGCAAAAUGUCAGGCUGGAUAUUCACUUAAUGAUAGGUUGUAUGUAGGACCUAAACUUCAGCAAGAAAUCAUAGAUGUGUUAACUGGGUUUAAGGUAAAGGAAUAUACACUUCACACUGUUACCUGUGGUGUAAAUUAUGCUCCAUAUUUAGCUCUAAGAGUAUUACAACAUAUUGCUGACAAUGAGUGUGAUGAUUUUCCUGCAGUUCAACAAACUUUGCGUUAUCAAACAUAUAUGGAUGAUAUCUGUGCUGGUGCAGAAUCAAUUGUAGCUGCUAAAAUUUUAAGAAAUAAUUUAAUAGAAGUGUUGGCAAGAGCUGGUCUCUCACUUAAGAAGUGGUCAAGUAAUUGUGUGGACCUCUUGGAUGACUUAUUAGAUAAAGAUUGUGCAUGCAAUCCUCUGGCUUUUGAUCGUGGCGAUGGAAUUCAUGUUUUAGGCAUGGAAUGGAUACCUGAUACCGAUUGCUUUACUUAUGAUAUAAGUGCUAUAAAAUGGUCCUCUGAAUAUUUGAGUACACUCCAAGCUCGUGGAUGUUGGUUAAAAUCUCAAGAAAAUGUUAAAUUGGGUGCAAUGGUGGUACUGAAGGAUAACAGCUUGCCCCCUUUAAAAUGGAGAUUGGGUCGUAUAAGUGAGCUACUACCUGGAAGUGAUGGUGUGGUACGCGUUGUCAGGGUGCUCACCAAGCAGGGAGUAAUUGUUAGGCCAGUAGUUAAAUUAGUUUUAUUACCUACCAAUUAA